CCAUCCCACUCCCGGCGGGUACCGGCCCCUCCCCGCGGGGCCGGGGCGGGGGAUGCCGGGGCACAACCCCGCACCGCCGCCUCCCCGGGCCGUGUGCGCGUUCGUGCGGGGGCGCCGCUGCCCCCUCAAGGCGGGCUCCCCCUCCCGCCCCCGCCGUUUUGGCGGCAAAGCUCCGCCGCCGCUUCCCGCCCUUUACCGCCCCACACCGGCGCUCCCCUCCCCCCCCAUCCCUCACACCGACCUCCCGCCAAAACCAACCGGUUCGGACCGGCGGGGACCGCCGGCCCCUCCCGCACCCGCGGCCCUCGCCGGUAACGGGCCCCACGCCGCCCCCACCCCCGGUGCCUGCUGCUGGGGCCAAGUGACUCAGGAAGUUGGGCUCCUUCCAAGAGAGGACAUUCCUCACACCUGGCACAGCCACAGCCCGUGUGCUACAAAUCCAGCUAAAGAUCUUCAUCACCACUUCACUGUGCCCUUAACUUUUCACUUUUCAGUUCAACCUCAUUCAGAAAAACACCCCAAAGAACAGCCCCCCUUCCCUGUCCAGGUAAAUUCAGGCUUUUUCAGACCCCAGCUGCAUGUUUUUCCAGCCAUGCUGAUUUUUCCCAUCUUCAACACAUAUAAAUUAAUGAUGGAGGUUCUGUUUUCACUGACAGAAGCCUGUGGCUCUAUUCCCACAGAGUCACUGGAUAGAUGCACUCCUGAAACUCUGGAGUUUGCCUGGGUAACUCAUCUCCACCACCCUCUAACAAAGGAAGGCUCACAGGGGAAAGAACUGCAAUUGCAUUUACUGGAAUAUCUGAUGCAGGUGGAACGUACAUGGUCAGGCAAAAAUGCAUUUUUUGAGUAGAAGAGUCUCCCUAUCAGCCUAGCAAAGCAGACUGGAGAGUUUCCAUCUCAUGGAGAGUACACUGUUUCCACAGUUUCCUGAAACAUGGAGAAAAUAAAA